AUGGAGGCCCGCGAAAAGAUGCCUAAAGUUUCCAACACUGUUAACAACCACGGCGGGCGGGUCCAUUCCUUGUACACAGCCCCUGUAUUUCAGAGGAGUCCCUAUGCCAGCUCGGAAGUCACGCACCCGCAAGGGUCAGAGUAUUCUGCGGCCCGUAACUUGCGGGAGCAGGGCCAGACCACGGAUCUGCCCAGGGAUAGGGCCAAGGAGGGCCCUGGGCGCCGACUGCUGAACAUGCUGAGAAAAACUCUUAUAGGGUCAGAAAGUAAAGAACUGGAAAUAACACCUGGGGGACCAACUUUGGUGCCAUUUGGGGAUGUGGUUGGCUGCCUGGCUAUUCAUGUAAAGAACUGCAGACAUUUUACGCCUAAGAUCAAUUUACAGCAUUACAAUAAUUUCUUCAUUCGCAUCUCUAUAAACAACGUUGUGAAAUGUACAAAAACGUGUAGUUUGCUACAUCAAAACAAUGACAACAGCACUAUGAUUAAGUUUAAUGAUGUGAAGUAUUUUUCUGUGCAGGUUCCCAGACACCAAGAUGAUAAGCGGAAUAAUAUUUUCUUGGAACUAAUGCAAAAUGACACUACAGGAAAAUAUCCUCUCUUGUUAGGGAGGGCUCAGGUACACCUUUAUAAAAUAAUUAAGAAAGGAUGCUUUACUGAAGAAUUUCAUAUAUUGAAUAAAAACACAUUUAUUUGCAGGGUGGAGGCAGAAUUUAUCUUCUCCUAUGGAAACUUUGGUUAUGGUUAUUCACAUCAGCUAAAAUCUCUUGAGAAAAUUAUCAAGCCAUCCAUGUUUAUGAAUAUUGCACCACCUCCAGAAAGAACAGAUCCUGUGACAAAUGUUAUUAUACCACAGCCAAUAGAAUAUCCAGCAUUCUUAUCCCCAGACCUGAAUGUUAGUGUUGGGAUGCCAGCUACAAUGUCUCAGUCCAAACAGCCAUUUGCAGUGCGACUUGAAAAACUUCAUCAACAACCUCGGGAAAGAUUGGAAAAAAUGAAAAAAGAAUACAGAAAUCUGAAUACAUGGAUGGAAAAAUCUAACUAUUUAAAAGGAGUUCUUAACUCACAAUUGGAACAUAAGGAACCUAAGGGAAGUAAUACCAGUAAGGUACCUGAAAACCAAUUUGAAGAGAGGCCUGAAGAUACUGUAACAUCAGGUUAAGAAAUUAAUUUACUUUUGUGUGGAAUAAUGACAUAUCCUUAUAAGACGUUUGCCACAGGUCACUUCUCUACUUGUACUUCCCUGGCUCCAUUGGGCUUUGAUUUACUGGACAGUGAUGAUGAGAAGGGCCUGACUCUACGAGAUAAAGAUACUUCAAGUACUAUUGCUCCUAAAAUUGAUGAAUCAACAAAGCAAGCAGAUACUCCAUUGUCCAUUCUUCCCAGCCUGACAAUAACAGAAGAGAACAAAAUAUCACCUUUAGAGGACUACCAAUCAGAAGCCAUGCCAUAUGGAAAAAUGAAAAACAUAUUCUUUCCACCACAAGUAAAAUUGAAAAACAGAUAUUCAAGCAUUUUAAAAACAGACUCAUGUCCAUCUGAGGUGGUUUUUUCACAAAAAGAAUAUAUUUCACCAUCUUUCAGACCAGAAUAUAUAGAAUUCAAACCAAAAUAUCAGUUCCAGAAAUUCAGCAUGAAGGAUGGUUUUGAUCCUUUUCUACGGAAUAUAAACAACAGAAAGUCAGUCAGAAAAAUGAAAGACCAAAAUAUGUCCAGAUGUAGAAACAUUUUAAGUGCAGAGGUUAUCGAGCUUGAAGACCAAGAUCCUCCUUACCCAACACAUUCAAAAACAGGAAGACCUACUAAUAAAAUCUGUCCCCGUGAUCUUGAUAGCAUCACAGUAAUGACUUCAGACCGUAUGGAUAAGUUAGCCAGUGAUCCUGGUAUCACCACAAUAACGGGUUUAGAUACUAAGAAUAAAUUAAAGGAAAGACUACCAAAUAUAUCUUCAUCAAACUUUGAAAGAGCAUCAUCAAUGCCUGGAAAUGCUAAUGUAAAUACGUAUCACCUCUCAAAAUCAUUAAAUCUUACUUUUCAUAUAGAAAAUCUAAAGCAGUCAAUGGUGCUGAAGUCAAUUUUAACUAAAAAUCUGCAAGACUUUUCAGAUAAAUUAUUUUCAAAAGCAGAAGUUACUAUAGACACUGAAGCAAGAAAGAAAAGUCAUUGUUCUCCACUUCUAAGUGUUCAUGAUGAACCACCAAAUAGUUUGGAAGACAAAGUGUUUGAAAAUAUUCAAGAUUUAAAUAGCUGUCUUUCACAAAAAGUCAUUUUAAGUUUAAAGUCUCUUUUAUUUCAGAUAAUUAAAAAUAUUCCUGCAGAUUCACUUUCAGAAGGUGGACCAGGAAAUUCUCCAGAGGUAGAAUGAGAACUUAUCUCUGAAAAACACUUAGAAACUGGUGAGACAUAUUUUCCAAAUAAAAAAAUAAGUAGUUUCAAAAAGAAACAUUUAAAAAUAUCUCGUACCAAACCAGAUAUAAAUGACACUGCAGAUGAUUAUGGUAUAAAGCAAAUAUUCAGUGCACCUAUCUUCACAAAGUUGCAGGUAGGAGAGAAAGAAUCCAGUGACAUGCUGAUGAAAUUGCAGAAUCAGUUACCCACAGCUUGGGAGAGUUUAUCUUCAAACACUCUAACUGACUGUGAAGAAAAAGAUAAUGCAAUAGAAUUGCCACAGGCAAAAUCUGUUAUAAGCCAAAUAAUACAAGCAUUUCCUGUGGAUACUCUUUUAGAAUCUUUGAUAAUCAAAGUGAUAGAGUUAGUUACAGAAUACCAGAAUUCUUUGCCGAAUAUGGAGACAGUCUUUGCUGAGGAAAAGCCAAAGUAUUCCUCAGAGGAUUAUUCAGAAAUCAAAGGCAAAACAGAACCUCUUUCAGAAUGGAACAUAUCCAUCAUUCCCAAAGAAUAGAGUUCCUUCUUUAAUAGAGUUGAAUUUAUAGGUGAAGGCCAAAAUAUAUCCCCACAAGUUUCAAAAUAUCAGUCAACACCAUAUAAAAAAACAGAUUUGUCAAAUAAUGGUCAGAGGUUUGAUAGAGAAGAAAAUGAUCUAAGUUCUACUUUAGAAAAUUUAGGUAAGUCAUUAUUGGGUAAUGAGUCAGAUGUAAUAAUAUUAAAAUCCUUUUUAAAGAAUAUAUUUAAUGUUUUUUUCAAAUACAAUCAGUCUGAAAGAAGCCAACCAGCAAAAGAAUUAGAAAGACUAAUUCAACAAUCUUUUCCAAACAGUACAGAAGACUUUGAAGAAAUCAUAGAGAAUUUUGAUAAAGUAGAUAAAUUAGACAGAAAACCUAUGUUGAGCCCAAAGCUACAUGUAUUUCUAGAAGAACUCUCAGAGACAGAAAUAAAAAAAUUAAAAUCUGAAUUAAGUGAACACGUCCAGCAUUACCUUGUGGAAAGACUUUCAGAAUCAGGACACAUUACCCAAGUGGACUUACCAAAAAUCUAUCAAAAUCUAUAUUCAGUGAAUGAGAAAGCAGAACCAAAAUGGCAAAAUAUUUUUCUGGAGAAAUAUUCAGAAACUAUAAAAGAAAUUGUGUCCUUUGUAAAUAAUUUCAAUCAUCAUUUCAAAAGUAAACACUUGGAAAUAAAACUAAGAUCUUUUUAAAAUGAAAUUCUCCAAAACUAUUUCCUAAAAAUCUUUUCAGAAAGCAGGUUAUUUAAAGAAACAGAAUCUGACACUAUGCACUCAAACAUAUCUUCUCUAAGAACUAAAAGUGCCCCAACAUCUUUUCAUGAGGUAGGACAAGAUAUUUCAAGGUGGAGUUUUGGUGAAAGACUUGAUAUAAAGAUGAAAUAUCCUUUAAUUAAGUCUGUACAAAACUAUCUUAUAGCUUUAUCAGAAAAUGAACUACUAAAUCUAGAAGCUGAUUUAAGCAAACACCUACAGAGCCUUUUUACAGAAAAUCUUUCAAAAUCUGGAUUAAUCACAGAAAGGCAAUUAGAGGCAACCAAACAGCAUAUAAAUUUGAUUAAUUCUCGUUUCAUACCAUUAAACUGUAUCAAGUCAGAUUUAUCUUUUAGACAUUAAAAUCAAUUUGAGGAGGAAGAGUCAGAAAAACAAAAUAAAUGUUCAAAAACUGUCCAAAAAACCACUUUACAAAAGGUUCCUGAGGAUAAACUUGUAGAAACCGAAUUGACCAGAAAGAAAGAAAAGGAGUAUUUUUCCUUACAUAAUAUUAAGGAAAAUCCAUCAACAGUUGGCGAACAGAAAAGAUGUUAUCCUAAGGAAGGAGCAACAGUGAAUGUAAUUAAAGGACGACCUUCUUCCAACAGAGGUACCCAAACAAUUCCAUUAAAUAAAUCAUCAGAAAGACUUACAGAUACAGUGCUUAAGAAACAAAGGGAAGAAAAUGGCUUCAUGCAGCUUCCUCAAGCAGAAAAUCUUUAUUUUAAGACACAGAUUCAAGGCCCACAUAGUUGGAGUGGUAUAUCAAAAACAACUCAUUCAAAUGUUUGCUUUGAAAGAACACCAAAGACAAAGACCCUUGAAAAAAAGGAGCAUAAUAAUAUCUGUAAAUCAGUGUACAGGAAAAAUCCUGAAGUGGUACUGUUACCAAGAAUUCCUAAUUGCAGAAAGCCAAGUGAAAAUGAAGAAUAUGUAAGCAAACUUACUUUUCCUUCCAGGCAGAGUAACAUUUUAACUCAUUUCAAUUCAGAGGCUGGGAAGAAAUCAAAAUUAGACCAGUAUUGUCAGAGAUUGAAAAGAAACAAUAACAAUAACAAAAAACAACAUUUAGUAACAUUUGCACAAUAUCAAAAUGAAAUACAAGCUCUUUAUAUAAAACCACAUGAAAUCUGCAAGGAAAAAUGUGCCUGUGUCCCUGAAUCACAAUCAUAUAAAGUUGUGGAAGGAAAAAAUUCAAAACCAUCCCUCUUCCCAAAAGUCUUAAAGAGAGAAAACCUAAAGCCCAAUGUCCGAAAAGAAAAAGACCAUGUCAGCAACCAAAAAAAGUCAUUUAACAAGAUAGUUAAGGUACUAUCAAGCACACCACCCACCACAAGAAGUCUAAGGAAAUCUGUUCCAGGGACAUUGCAUCAGUGGAAUGCAAGAACAACUAUACAUGAUUGUUCGGACAUAUUUGAGGAUUUACAUGGGACCUCAUUUAAACGUCUUGAAAAAGCAAAAUCAAGAUGAAGGCUUUUAGGAAAGGGCCCAGAUGAUAGCCAUAAUCAGUUAAAACACUCUGCAAGACUAUAUACUGCUCCAGAGGUUAACAAACAACGAGAAAGCUACACUGGAAAAUUUACAAGUCCUCAAAUGGUUUCAGCAAGCUUAGUUCAUAUAAAUGAUCCAAGUCCAGAUUAUGAAAUCCUCAAAAUGCAGCAAAAAAAAUUUAAAAGAGAAUAUUGA